AUGUCGCUUGUCCGUGCCUUCACCACCAGACGGGCUGCCCGCAACAAGUCAGACCUGGAUCGCGCUGCCAGUCAGCGCAUCCAGCGUCCCAAGAUCUCUGGUCCCAUCGAGUUGAUCUCGACAACAAACACUCUUGCGUACGAGGCUCCUGAUAUCUUUGGAACCAACCCCAUCGCCCACAAGGGAGGUGUUCUUGCAACCUCGUCCAGCUCCAACAGUCUGAGUUCCCUCGAAUACAGCGAUUCUAGCAGCAUUGGCCACCGUUCUGGAGGAACUUUCACCGACGCCUCUUCUUUUGAAGACUCAUCCCCACUGUCCCCGGAGCCUAACCACUUGAGCUGCUACUUCAAGCCUUCGGUCUACGACGACGAGCCUCUGCAACACAGUCGCCAGACUUCUGUCAACUCAUUCCACCGCCCAUCGACCAGCGAUGCCGCGCCUGUCCUUCCUCAACGCGCUCCUUCGCACAGCAAGCGCGCUCAUCAAUUGAGCCACAAGCGAUCGAUCUCGCGCGUGAACCCUCCUUCUUUCCCUGAGGACGCCUUUGUCACCACCAGAGACUCGACCGACUUCUUCCGCGCUUCUGGACCGACUUCACCUCACCCCUUCAGCAAGGAGCUCGAGCAGCUCAGUGAGGUCGCCGAGGAAUUUGGCAGCACAGUCCGUGACGUUGAGGCAGAUGCCGACCGUGUCUUCAUGGACGCUCACGGUCUGGACCACUUCUCUGCCAAUGACUACAUGUUGGAAAUCGCAGACAUGCUCAACAUCAUUUUCGAAGAAGAGCCGACGCCGUACGAGGAGGCCGGAUGGAUCUAA